UCGUAUCAAUAUCCAAGACUUCUCGAAACAAUGCAACCUUCUAAAGGAAAGAAUGAACUGUAACGUGGCAAAUUCUUAUUAGCCAUCAUAUGAUACUGUAUCUUGCCGCAACCGUACGCAAACGUCGCUAUAGCAUUUUCAUUGUUUUGGCGCAAAAAAACAAGGGUUUUGAGUUCCAUCUCUCUGUCCAAAUAUCCGAGGAGUGUCGCCGGCGAUUAACCGCCGGUCAUUGUUUACUCAGAUCCAUUCAUUCUCUCACUUUCUCUCCCUACAUCUCACUGGAUCUACAUCUGAUCUCCACCGUCGAAACCAAUCCAACAAUCAAACAGUCUUGUCUUUAUAGCUUCAUCAAUACCAGAUCGCCGUUGAAUCAAGUCACUGAAUCUGGAUUGUGAUCGUUUCAUCGACGUCCAUUUGGAGAUCACUGGUAUUAUACUUGUCAUUGUACAAGGAUUUGUGCUGAAUGUUCUUAAAUUUGGGGACUUUGGCUUAUUGGACGUGCACACAUAAUGAGUACGUGCAUGAGGACUUGGUGGAUUUGUCAUUAGCUGUUCGGGAAAUCGCCAAAUUAAGGACAUGGCUGGGGAGCCUAGUAAGGACCAAAGCACCGGGGAAAGUUUGGAUGUGCCUGAUACUGACAAGAAAGAUAAAGGCAUCACCACUAAGAAGAAGCAGGGAGGAAUCCUAUCCCGAAUUUGGAAUGGACUCUUUAGGAUACGUGGUGAUGAUUUUGAGAAGAGACUGCAACAUAUUUCCAAAGAGGAAGCUGCUGUUCUUGCUAGAAUGAGGAAGCGAUCUCUGAGUUGGAGGAGGAUGACCAGGCAUCUUAUAAUAUUUUCUGUGGUUUUUGAGGUUAUUGCAGUGUGUUAUGCCAUUAUGACAACAAGAUCGUUGGACUUGAACUGGAAAAUGAGGGCAGCCCGUGUUUUGCCCAUGUUCCUUUUGCCUGCUUUAUCUUCCAUUACAUAUUCAGCGCUUCGAAGCUUCACAAAGAUGUGUGAUCGCAAGGACCAGAAAACUGUGGAAAGGCUCCGGGCAGAAAGACAGGCAAAAAUUGAUGAACUUAAAGAGAAGACAAAUUACUACAUUACCCAACAGCUCAUUCAGAGAUAUGAUCCUGACCCAGCAGCAAAGGCAGCUGCUGCAACUGUUCUUGCUUCCAAGUUGGGUGCGGAUUCUGGCUUGAAAGUGUAUGUGGGAAAUGAGUCUAAGCUCAAUGCCCCUACCGGAAAGAGCAAUGAUGUUGAAUAUAUGCAAUCUGAUGGGCUCAGAAAUCGAAAACAAUUGCAUACAAGAUCCGGUGGCACAGGGAGCACUUUAAUUCAUCAUCCUGAUGAAGAAAUGUUCCAUCAUGCGGGUAAUGAGGUUCCUGAGACUUCUGAGCAUAAUCCGCUGGUUGUUGAACAUCACCAUAAUCCAGGAUCGGCCACGCAUGAUGGUGGAUGGAUGGCUCGAAUUGCAGCAUUGCUUGUAGGAGAGGAUCCAACACAAUCCUAUGCACUUAUAUGCGGUAACUGCCAUAGGCACAAUGGGCUUGCAAGGAAGGAGGAUUUCCCAUACAUAACGUACUACUGCCCACACUGCAAUGCCCUGAAUCAGUCAAAGCAACUCGAACGUGUUUCUGGUUCUAUCUCCCCCAAUACGAGCUUCUUGACAUCUGGUGGUGAUGUCAACGUUGUCGACAAUGCUAGUGAUGCCAUGGGUGACAAAACACCUGCAAGCAGCACUCCCGUGACUGCUGCUGUGGAAACCACCGGAGGAACUGAAAUGGUUGUUUCUGAGGAUCCAGUUAGUUAAAAUGUAGGCUCAACGGGAAUUUGACAGAAAGCGGUUAUCUUCUUAUUGCUUCGAGCUCUGGGUGCUGGGGUUGCAAUGGGUUGCUUCUUGCUUGGUUAUGUAAUGUCAAAUUUUCUGGAUUGAGGAAUUUUUGCUCAAUGGUUUAUACAUAGAUCACAUGAGAUGGUUGCAACCACCGGCUUUGACCGCUGCUGUCGUCGUAUGUGUGUGGCUUUAGACGUACAUACAUAUAUACAAGGAGUAUAGUGUUCAGAACAUUUUAUUAAGGGCCUUUUUGUUUACCGUUUUCAUUUCUUGUUUAUCAUUUAAGAUUAAACAUAAGCAUGUUUAUGUUAUGAUGUUGUUUGUCAAUAAAUAGAAACAUAGUAUGAAAACACAAAAA